AUGGUCCAGAACCCGCGAACGGGCAGAUGGGGCUUGAGGCGAACAUCCUCAGCAGGGCUGCUGCUUCGCGAGAGCCCACCCAGAAGCCCACUCGACCGAAGCAAGAAAGCCUUCCAAGCCGCCAGUCGUCGUAGCGUGCCGGGCUCACAGGCCGUGCGGUUGGCUCCCAAGCACCUCAUCACCAGGCACUGCCUUUGUGCUCCUUUGCAGCCGUGCAUAUUCUCCAACGCUACACUUGCCCCAUACAUCAAGGUUGCUGCCACUGUCGCCAAUUUGCCCCCCAGCAGCCUACUCCCGGCUGUCAGAACCCAGAUAGCGCGCCUCUGUGUCAGGACAGGUCUAUGCCUGCUCAUGGAUGUCGCCGUUGCACUUGCACCCACCACCUCCACUCCUGAUUAUCGUUCAUGGACCCGCUCACAUUACCAUCCUGGUCGCUUUGCAAUUCGCCGACACGCAAUACUGAGCCCAGCUAUACAUACAGCCGAUCCGUUCCCUGGACCACUAUCUCGUACAUACCUUCAGCCGGCGAUCUACCUCCAAGUUGUCGUUGACAUCUGCAGUACAUACCUUUUGCUUCACUGCUUCCAAGACAUUGCAUCUUUGAAAGGAGCCAUCCAGCCGACGCGCCUGCCCCCGCCAACCGUCCCGUAUCCCACGUCGAAGUUGCAAUUGGCUUCACAUUCACUGUAA